GACAUCUUAGAGGCAACAGGUGAAUUGACGAAGUCAAGCAGAAAAAAACUUGGUAAACCAGGAGUUAAAAUUGUCGGUGGAUCAUAAAAAAUCGUACAUUUGCUAACAUGACCGAAAUCAAUCAAAUCAUGCAGACUACAGGUGAAUUGACGAAGUCAAGCAGAAAAAAAAAACGGCAGAAACUUGGUAAAGCAGCAGUUAAAAGUGUCGGUGGAGAAUAAAAAAUCGCACAUUUGCAAACAUGACCGAAAUACCCUUUUAAAGUUCUUCCCUCUUCCUUUCCUUUACCAACAUUUUCAACUCUGUUUUGUACUAUCUUUUUUUCCCAGAUCCACUCAAAUGCCCCAAAUUUCAAACUUAAGCCAAAUUGUCAAAGCUUUUUCACAUCCCAAAUUGAACCCAGUCACCAAAACAACCUAGAUACAAUAAAAAACAGAGGAAGUAAAAGUAGAAAUAAAGGCAGAGAGAGAAAGGGGAGGCCAACGGUUACUAGUGGUGGUGGUGGUGGUGGCGCAGGUGAGCGCCACUACCAGAAACGGGGGUGGAGCCCAAGGGUUCGGCCAUGGCUGAGACGAGAGAGAGAAUCCGAGAUAGCAGAGAGAGGGAAUGAGACGGAUCUGGUUGUGGAGGGUUACAAAUCUGGUGGUUGCGGUGGUGGUGGUGGUGGUGUUUUUGUUUCUUGGAUUGAAGCAUGAGAAAGACUGAGAUAGAAGGAGUGAGACAAGAAGAAGAAAGAGAAGAGAGCAGCUUCAGACGUAGUAGAGACCAGAGAGAGAAAAUUGAGAAGAGUUAAAAGAUGAAAGAAGGGUAUUUUUGUCUUAUAAGUAGCAAAUUUAACUUUUCAAAAACGUUUUUCAUUCCUCAGUAAAAAUAGUUCUGUAAUUUACUUAUUAUUAAUUUCCUUAUCAAUAAAAAUCGGAUCGAUAACAGUACCCGUUAACAGUACUUAUCAAUAAAAAUCGGAUUUCUGUGGUCUGUGGGUAGUGUAAUACACAAAGGGGUGGGCGCCAUUUACUAAAUGGAUGGAUAGACUUUAAACUUUACCAAAUGAAUGGAUAGACUUAAACAAGUGAGAGAUCUUAGCAAAAAAAACCAAAACAGUGAGAGAAAGAGAGAUCCAGCGCCGCUGCCCACUGGUUUUUGGAGAAAUUCGAUCACCGGUCGUCGAAUGGAGGCUGCAGAACACGACAAGGACUGUGACUGGCAUCUGACAACCUGUGGAGGCAAACUUUUGAGUUAUUAAUUACGGUGUGGACACUACGGCUGUACUUAAGUUUAUAGCUAUCUUUGUGAAACAAAGCCACUCUUUAGAUUCAAAGAAACUAGCAAUGAAUACCGCUAGACUGUUCGAUGAUGCAAUUUCUGGGAAUAUUGACAGUUUCAAUAGAGAAAUUAGGGAUGGGGCUUUAAUAAGUCUUGAGCACGUGACACGGAGUGGCAAUUGUAUUCUUCACGUGGCAGCAAAAUCUGGACAGGCUCAGAUUAUGGAAAGGGUCCUCGAUUCGCUUUAUCCACAUUCACCUUUGCAUGCGACAAAUUGCAAAGGCAACACAGCACUACAUAUUGCAGCAAGCUUAGGGCAUUUUCGUAUGACACAGCUUCUAAUAGAUCGUGCAAUAGACCAAGAAGCUGAAGUGAAACGGUUGCUACUAAAAGCGCAAAAUGUGGAGCAGAACACUGCACUGCAUCUUGCUGUAAAACAUGCUCAUGAUGACAUUGUGGAUUUGCUAAUUAGGAAAGAGCCAGGGUUGACUUCAAUUACAAAUAAAGCUGGCGAAUCCCCACUCUUCCUGGCAGUGGAUCGAGGAUUUUUUGAAAUCGCCCUUCGUAUCCUAGAUAUUUCAGAAUGCUCCGACGAGGGAAGGAACAAAAUGAAUGCCUUGCAUGCUGCAGUUAUUCGCGUAGAAAUUAGAAGUCGGUUUAAAACCAUUCGCAAUGAUUGGUGGCAGAAUAUACAAACCUGCUUGAACAUUUUUGGAUCCCCACAACUGAAAACACGCAAACUCGACAUUACCGGAGCAGAUUUUGUGCGCAAGAUGUUGGACAAAUUUCCGAACGCAAUUAUGAAAGCUGAUGACUUUGGCUGGACUCCUCUGCAUUAUGCUGCAUAUUUUGGCAAUUUCGAAGUUGUCAAACUAUUUUUGGAAAAUAAUAAUAUUUCCCUUGCUUACGAGCGGGACAUUCAGGGCAUGUCUGCUCUUCACAUUUCAGCCAUGGAAGGACAUUGUGAUGUGAUGAGCGCAAUCAUUGAAAAAUUUCCAUAUACUUGUGAAUUGUUAGAUAACAGAGGUAGGACAGCUCUUCAUCUUGCGGCGGAGAGUGGAAGGACAAAAGCUGUGAAAAUAUUGCUCUCAUCUUUAGCUUUUCAGGAUCUCAUAAAUGAGCAAGAAAACGACGAAGGAAACACGGCUAUGCAUCUUGCUGCCAUCAAAAAGAGAUACAAAGUAUUGAAAUUGCUUGCAGGUGAUACGAGAGUUGAAAAAAGGGCUACGAACAAGGAAGGGAAGACCGUUGCUGACAUUCUUCAAUUAGAUAGCCUUUGGUGGAUUAAAAUAACGGCGCUUUGGUGGAUUAAUAUUAUAAUAAGGAUAUAUGAGUUGUAUCUACCACUCAUGUUAAAGCCGGGGUAUAGAAGCGAAGUUCUACUGAGUUUGGAGCAAGAGGUUGAGAGACAGACUAAGGAAGAGGAGAUUGCUGAAAAUGAAGGACAUGAACAAUUUAAAGAGUCACAGAGGAUAGAACCUGCUGCAAAGGUCCAGGGAGGAAAGGAUGCAGCCAAUAAUACCGUAGAUUUUAAGGAAUUGAGAGAAUACAAUGUAGUGGUAAUGACACUCAUUACAACUGUCACCUUCGCAGCAGCCUUCCAAGUGCCUGGUGGAUACGACGGCAAUGGGAAGGCAAUUUUAGUUAAAAACAAACAGUUCAGAAAUUUUCUGAUGUUUGAUACGUUGUCAUUUGGUUCCUCAGUUGCCUCAUUGGUUAUCUACUUUGCCAUGCCAGUCAUUCAGAAAAUUACCUUUGUUCAGGGUCUAGUACAGCCAGGAGUAAUGUUGCUCGGUGUGACCUCCCUUAUAUUCAUGUUGUUUGCCUUUUCGGCGGGCGUAGCAGCAGUCUUGGAUGAAAAAUCAAGUCUCUAUUCUCUUACUAAUGACACUACAGCGUAUGGCUUGUAUUUACCCGUAUACCUGAUUGGGAUUACCUCCUUUAUUUUCCUAAUUCCCCUGAUCUACAUUCGGAACAAAUUACGACCGUUUAGAUCGUGAUCAUCAUUUCAUCGUCUAUCUAUUUCAAGGGGGCUCGUAGUUUUAGCACCUGAAUUCGUCUUGUCAUUUCUCCCUCAACCCAUGUGCUCUGGCCGGCAGUUUGUUUUAUAAGUUCUGUUUCUUUGUAAUGCGAUUUGA